AUGCCCCCAGCUGGACAAGAUGAUCUUGACUUCCUGAAGUACGCUAUGGAAUCGUACGUCGCGGAUGUGAACGCCGAAAUGGGCAAAACUACAAUCGUGUUCACUCUUCGUGAGAAGGCAGGAGCAUUGGCCGAGACUCUGAAACUGUUCCAGGCACAUGAUGUGAAUCUGUCUCAUAUCGAAUCUCGUCCAUCAAAAACUCAUCAAGGAUGCUACGAGGUGCUCGUCGAGUUUGCUGAAGCUGAGGACCAUCAUAAGAUUGAGGGAGUUAUUGAGCACUUCCAGCAAAAAGCUGUCCAGAAAGUUUUGGUCCAGGACUGGAACACCAAGGACAAGCAGAACAAGGACUCUGUCCCAUGGUUCCCACAGAAGAUCAGCGACAUUGAUCAAUUUGCCAAUAGAAUUCUCUCUUACGGAGCUGAGUUGGACUGUGACCAUCCUGGAUUCAAGGACCAAACCUACAGAGAACGCAGAAAGUUUUUCGCCGAUAUUGCUUUCAACUUCAAACACGGUGACAAGAUCCCAACUAUCGACUACACUCCAGAAGAGAUUGCCACGUGGCGAACGGUCUACAAUGAGUUGACCGUUCUGUACCCAAAGAAUGCCUGCCAAGAAUUCAAUUACAUCUUCCCACUUCUCCAACAAAACUGUGGAUUCGGACCAGACAGUAUCCCACAAUUGCAAGAUGUUUCUGACUUUUUGAAGGAUUGCACUGGGUACACUAUUCGUCCAGUUGCCGGUCUACUUUCUUCUCGUGACUUCCUUGCUGGUCUUGCCUUCCGUGUCUUCCAUUCCACACAAUACAUUCGUCACCACUCUGCACCAAAAUACACACCAGAACCCGAUAUCUGCCACGAACUCCUCGGACAUGUUCCACUUUUCGCUGAUGUCGAAUUCGCUCAAUUCUCUCAAGAGAUUGGACUUGCGUCCCUCGGAGCUCCAGAUGAUAUUAUUGAGAAACUUGCUACUUUGUAUUGGUUCACAAUUGAAUUCGGUCUCUGUCAACAAGACGGUCAAGUAAAAGCUUAUGGAGCUGGUCUCCUCAGCUCUUUCGGAGAACUCCAAUACGCUUUGAGUGAUAAACCACAAGUCGUUGAUUUUGAUCCAGCUGUAUGCUGUAUCACCAAAUACCCAAUCACUGAAUAUCAACCAAAAUACUUCCUUGCCGAGUCAUUCGCCAGCGCUAAAAAUAAACUCAAAUCGUGGGCAUCGACCAUCUCGCGUCCAUUCCAAAUUCGUUACAAUGCUUAUACUCAACGUGUCGAAAUUCUCGAUAAGGUUUCCGCUCUACAACGUCUUGCAAGAGAUAUCAGAAGUGAUAUGUCGACUUUGGAAGAGGCACUCGGAAAAGUUAAUACUCUCAAGACAAAGUUUUAA